AUGACAGACACACUAACUGAUGAUGAUAUUAUUGAAGUUCGUUCAUCGACGAAUCGACCAACAACAUCAAGUUCGAGUUCAUCGAUAACAACAACUCGUCGACCUAUGUUUAUUGAAACAGAAAUACGAACUGAUUCGGUAACAACACGUCGAAUGGCAUCGGCUGCUGCUAAUAGAAGUGUACAUGAUGUACUUGAAAAUACGAAAUCACCUACUCAUGAUCGUCAGUCGACAAGUUAUACAUACGCUCAUAGCAAUGCAUAUGCACCUACAUCACGACCAAGUACAUACGAUAUUCCUGUAAUGUCUCGACGUAGUUUACAUGAUGAUGAUCAAAGUCGUACAGCAUCAGUAUUUUCAUUACCAUCAGAAUUGAUCUCUACUGUUCGAUCACAAUUAAAUAGUGGUUAUGAUAGUAUUCGUCAUGGUAUAUCUCAUUUAACUGGCCAUGAGCAAGAGUUAACAUCAGGUUCACCAACACAUGGUAUCACUAGUAGUGGUACGAGAUUUUCUCGUACAUCGUCACAAUCGUCAGAAUCAGGUAGUCGAAAAACAGGUUAUAAUCUUCGUUCACGUCCUGUUCAUUCAACACCACGUGAUACUGAUAAUGAACAACAAACUAAACAACAUAAAAUAACAACAAAACAUCGAAAAGAUCAUCAACAACAAGGAGAAAUUGAUGAAGAAGAUGAAGAUCAUAAUAAACAUAAAUGCUUAAAAAAUAUGAAUUAUUAUUUACAAAAAAUAUUUCAUUUAUUUAUUCAUAUGUUUGAUACAAUUUGGGAAACAUUAAAAGUUCUACCAUGGUGGUUACUUAUUCCACUUCUUAUUUUCCUUAGUCUUUAUGCAUUACCUUAUUUGGUUUGUAAACCACUCGAGCAUUAUCAUCAUUCAAACGUAAAUCAUAUGUGUCGAAAUAUUCAUGAUUUCACAAGUAAUUUAACACAUAAUACAUAUAAUUUUACACGUCAUCAUACAUAUGAUCGUGGUAUUCGUAAUUUUAAACAAUUUUAUCGUUCAUCAAAUGAUAUAAAAGAUUCUGUAUUAAAUUCUUUAAAUGAUAUAUAUUAUUCAAUAAAACAAUCUUUACAAGGUUCAGUUCAUGAUGUUAAAAGUCGUGUUGGUGAUGUUGUUGAAACAACAACUGAUAAUGCUAAAGAAUAUUAUGAUGCUGGUAUACAAAAAGUUAAUCAUCUUAUUGAAGAACUUAAACAGGAACGUGAAAAAUAUCUUGGAACACGACAUGCAUUAAAACCUGAUGAAGAAAAACAAUUAGGAGAAUUGGUUCGAAAAUUAAUUGAUGAAUAUGCUGCUGAUGAAACUGGUCAAGCUGAUUAUGCACUUGAAGCCAAUGGAAAAAUUGUUGAUGUACGUUGUCACGAAUAUACAGAUGAACCUCGAACAAAUGUUGUUAAAUUUCUCGGUAUACCAAUUGUUCAUAUGUCAAAACAACCGGAAAUAAUGAUAAAACAUGGACGUAUGCCUGGUCAAUGUUUUCCAUUUAAAGGUGAUCAUGGAAGUAUUGUUAUUCGAUUAGCUGUACCUGUUAUACCAACAGAAUUUGUACUUGAACAUUUGUCAAAAACUAUUUCAAUUGUUGGACAUAUAAAUAGUGCACCAAAUAAUUUUACAAUUUAUGCUUUGAAAGAUAAACAUGAUAAAGAAGGUAUUGUUCUUGGUCGAUAUUAUUAUGAUGCUGAAAAUGGUCCAACACUUCAACGAUUUAAACCUCAAAUUUCUCAUGUACCCGUUGUUGAAUAUAUCGAAGUACAAGUGACAUCUAAUUGGGGUAAUCCAACUUAUACAUGUAUAUAUAGAUUUCGUGUUCAUGGUGACAUGCAAAGUGUUGCACCCACUGCUGCCUAA